AUGUCAUCCCAACCACCAAAAGACCACCUCACCACUCUCUCCACCCACAUAACCACCCUCACCCAAAAAGUCACCCAACUCCGCGCCUCCCUCUCCCACUGGCAGCAAUGGUACCUCGAAUACUCGUCCCUCAAAGAAGAAAUCUCCCUCCUCCCCUCGACCACCCCCACCCCAGUUGAAUCCCUCCGCCGCAUCCGCCGCGACUUCUCGGGCAAGGUCCUCACCCAAAAGGAAAUCAACGAGAUAAUGGGAAAGACUGAUUUUCGAGAGGUGGAUCAAAUGCUCAGCUUGUUGACUCACAGGAUUGAUUACGUAGAGGGGAACAUCAAUACUGUGGGCAAAAUGCUAGAGCAGGAGGAGAAUCGGCUGGCGGCGGCGGAGGUGGUGGCGAGCCCGGAUGUGCCGAGGGAUGAGGAGAGUGGGUUGCCGAUUAUGGAUAUUGUUGAGUGGUUGGAUGAGGAGGGGAAUGAGGGGGAGGAACAAGAGGAGAAGAAGGCCACGCCAAAGGCUGUCGAGCGAAAGGGUGAACCGAAGGGGGGUCUGGCCGAUGGGGAGUCGAUGGUCGCCAAAAAGACGGUUACCUUUGCUGAGGGUACGAAGCCUGGACAUGCGGAAGGGGAAAAGUUGGAGAAGACGUUUGCGCAGCAGCAAUUGGAGCACGUCAUCAAGAUUGCUCAGGAGUCGCAGGCCAUGGAUAUGUCCAAGGCUGUUGUUCCGGAGGAUGAGCCGGAGGAGGAUGCCAAGCUGCGGCGGGAGAUGCUCGAGUAUAGCAUGUCGGAAAUCGGUCCUGUAGUCGCUGAACUCACCUUGGAAGAGGGCGAGUUUAGUGAUGACGAGGACUGGGAUAUGGAUGAUGAUGAGGAAGACGAUGACGAGGACGAUUUGGGGAGAUCCAAGCACAGCGUUUUGUCUUCUGACUACAUCCAACGCAUGCAGGAGCUCGAAAAGAAACUCGGAGUGAAAUCUGCGUUUAGCGCUCCUGUUCAGCAUGAACGAACGGUACCUGAUGAGGGUAUGGGGAGGAUCUCGGUCGUCAAGGAAUCGGCACCCAAGGCAGCGACGAAGAUUCCCAAGGAGAAGGCGAAAGCACCCAAGGAGGAGAAGAGCGUCAGCUUUGCGACAGAGCUGGAUAUUGCUCCUACUACCACCACCACCCGGCCAGAUGCACCGGCAGCCCCCAAGAUCAAUCCCGUCGUCGACAUUGUGGAAAAGGUCACAGAUUUGACCAUGCAAGACGACGAACCAGAGGAACCACCCAAGCGUGUCUCGCGCUUCAAGAAAGAGCGCGCCACCGGUGGCCUCCCACCAGGGCCACACCAGCUGCCUGCAACGUUUAUCCACAAAGCUGCCGCACCGCCACCCGAGCCGACACCGCCAGAGGAUACAACCAUUGCUCCCACCGUUGUUGAGAGACCCACCCCCGCUACAGCCGUCGAACCAGAUGACAUGGACGAGGCGAUGUUGUAUCAAGCCGCUGCGGUGGAGUAUAACCGCAUGAGGAACCAGCUGAUCCAAAAGCAGGGAGGGUUUAUUGAGGACCCGCCGCUGAAUGAGGACGGGUUGAUUGCGAAUACUGACGGGCCGAAGAAGCUGAGCAGGUUUAAGCAGGCGAGGUUGAACAAGAUACAGUAA